GAUAUCUGUUUUUGUUUUUGACAAAGUCUAUAGUCUAAUUACUACUCUCCGAAUCACACCCCUCAAAAUUUCCUCACUCUUUUCUCUUUCUUCCCUUCCCUCACAUAGCAUAUUUCAUCACUUCACACAACUUGGUUAUUCAUUCUCCACAACCAAACCCUAGCACCCGGGCCGCCCCACACGUGCUCCGCCAUGACGAUCAACAAACUCCUCACCCUAGUCCGCCGUUCAAAUCGGCGGACUCCCAUCCUCUCCUCCAUCCGAUCCGUCUCCCUCUCCACCUCCGCUGCCGCACCUGUCACCCGCUCUCCACCCUCCCCACCUCCCUCACCUCCUCCUCCCAACGUAAUGGUCUACGAUCGAUUAGCUGAAUCGGUCAAAGCCAAACUCCAACGAUUGGAAAAUCCAGAUCCGCGAUUCCUCAAAUACGGUUCACCGAAACCUGAAAUCCGCGACCAUACGCAAAUCCUCUCCGCUCCUGAAACACGCGUGACGACUCUCCCUAACGGACUCCGUGUCGCCACGGAAUCUAAUCUCAGUGGAAGAACCGCGACGGUUGGUGUUUGGAUCGAUGCAGGAUCCAGAUUCGAGACGGAGGAGACAAACGGAACGGCUCAUUUUUUGGAGCAUAUGAUUUUCAAGGGAACGGAAAGACGGAACGCUAGGGAACUCGAAGAGGAGAUCGAGAAUAUGGGCGGACAUCUUAACGCAUAUACGUCCAGGGAGCAGACUACUUAUUAUGCUAAGGUUUCGCAAAAUGAUGUUCCUGUUGCACUCGAUAUUCUGGCUGAUAUUCUUCAGAAUUCGAAAUUCGAUGAGAAUCGGAUCAGCCGGGAGCGUGAUGUUAUUCUUAGGGAAAUGGAAGAGGUUGAGGGUCAAACAGAAGAAGUGAUCUUUGACCACUUACACGCAACUGCUUUCCAAUAUACUCCCCUGGGCAGAACCAUUUUGGGACCUGCUCAGAACAUUAAGACAAUCACCAAAGCUCAUCUGCAGGACUACAUUCAGACACAUUACACUGCUCCUAGGAUGGUGAUAGCUGCAUCUGGAGCUGUAAAGCAUGAAGAUUUUGUUGAACAAGUGAAAAAAUUAUUUACUAAGUUGUCAACAAAUCCCACCACAGCAUCUCAGUUGGUAGAGAAAGAGCCAGCAGUUUUCACUGGUUCUGAGGUCAGAAUGCUUGAUGAUGAUAUUCCCCUUGCACAAUUUGCUGUAGCUUUUGAAGGCGCAUCUUGGAAAGAUCCAGAUUCAAUUGCUUUGAUGGUCAUGCAAGCAAUGUUGGGUUCUUGGAACAAGUCAGCCGGAGGUGGAAAGCACAUGGGUUCGGAGCUAGCACAACGAAUUGGCAUUAAUGAAAUUGCAGAAAGCACGAUGGCUUUUAAUACCAAUUACAAGGACACAGGUCUUUUUGGUAUUUACGCCGUUGCUAAGCCGGAUUGCCUGGAUGAUUUGGCCUAUGCAAUAAUGUACAAUACAACGAAGUUGGCUUAUCAGGUUUCAGAAGAUGAUGUUACACGUGCUCGUAAUCAGUUAAAAUCUUCGCUUCUGCUUCACAUUGAUGGAACAAGCCCUGUAGCUGAAGAUAUUGGUCGCCAGCUACUCACAUAUGGUCGAAGAAUCCCAUUUGCUGAAUUGUUUGCUAGAAUUGACGCAGUUGAUGCCAGUACAAUUAAACGUGUUGCAAACCGAUUUAUUUAUGACAAGGAUGUUGCUAUUGCUGCCAUGGGACCUAUUCAGCGAUUACCUGAUUACAAUUGGUUCAGACGCAGAACCUACUGGAACCGAUACUAGUUCAUUUUAGUUUUGUGCUUAAUUUAAACUUCAUGGAAGGUCCGGCAUACUCUUUUGUUCAAGUUUACUUCACAUGUGCCUCCGGAUGGCUGCUUUGGCCGUCAUUUUUCAUUUUUUUGUUAUAGGCCUGUUUUUGUAAUAUUUAUGCAAAAAUAAAUAUGCUGUUGUCAAUGUAAAUGGCAUCAUUUCAUACUGCCCUAAUUUUUGUUUGAAAAUGAUAUUACAUUGUCCUAAA